ACGGGCCGAUCGUGAAAAGUAAUGAAAAGUUUCAGACCCUUUAGUUAGUAAUUCAGUAAAUCAAUCUGUAUAGUCAGUCAGUUUAGUCAUCGCUUUAUUAUGAAAAUGAAAAUACGACAGAUAUUCUUAGUGCUAACAUUUCUGAUCACUUUUGUAACGGCACUUCAAACCGUUCCAGUAAUAGUUGCAUCUCAUAAACUUGUACCUGAAUUAAAAUCCGAGAUCAAUGCGGAUAAUAUUGAAGCUCAUAAUGUUACUAGUGUAACUAAUAUGCUUAAGAAAUUAAUUACUGCAUGUUCAAGUGAUGAAUAUUUAUUAGUAAAUAUUCCUGGAUUACAAUUGGAUGAUAUAACAGAUAAUAAAGUUGAACAAUGGCCAUUUGUAAGUAAUUAUUUAAAGAUGGCAUCUUCAUUAGUGGGAUUACCUUGGGUUCAUGGUACAUUAGAUUUUCAAUUUCUUGAAAGAUAUAUUAUUAGAAAUUGUCAAGCUGAGGCUGUUUAUGUAAAUCUGGUUAAUCAUGAAGAAGUAGCUCCAUAUUAUGAUGUUCGAACUCGAGUUAUUGUUGUAAAUCUUCCUCCUUUACCAAUUGAUGGUUCAAGAGAUGGUACAUUAAAGGAAUAUGAUGAAUUAAUUAGAAAAAUCAUACGAAAACUUCCAUCUCCUCAUUAUACAUUACUUAUAACUAGUGAUGUUACAACCACCACUCAUCCUGUUCCACAUACAUUUAUUCGAUCAAAUCCUGAUAGAUUUGAAAUAUUUAAUAAUAUUAUAAAUCAUUCAAGUCGAGCAACAGAGUAUGAACGUAAUGAUAAUGUAAAAAAUGUAGAUCCAAUUUGGCAUAAACCUAAACAUACAAAUGAUCGUUAUUUAAGAAAUAAGAAGAAAGAUGAAAUUCAUUUCUUUAGAGAUAAUGAACUCUGGAUGAAAUAUCAACAAUUGGUUACUACUGUUAUAGUAAUGAUAUUAGGAUUAUUUAUGAUGAAAAUCAUUAGUAUUUUUGGGAAUAUUAAGCAAUGGAUCAUAGAUAAAAAGAGGAAAAAUCAGUUAAUAAUUGAGAAAAAUAAAAAGCAUGAUUGAAGAAGCUUAGAGGUUAACUAAAAAGGAUACAAUCAUAGUAGUUAUAGUAUUGUGGGUAAUAUA